AUUUUGAUAACGGGCGGUGCAGGCUUUGUUGGCUCCCAUCUGACUGAUAAGCUGAUGAUGGACGGCCAUGAGGUGACGGUGGUGGACAACUUCUUCACUGGCCGCAAGAGGAACGUGGAGCACUGGAUCGGCCACGAGAACUUUGAGCUCAUCAACCACGACGUGGUGGAGCCGCUCUACAUCGAGGUGGACCAGAUCUAUCACCUGGCCUCUCCUGCCUCUCCUCCCAACUACAUGUACAAUCCCAUCAAGACCCUGAAGACUAACACGAUAGGAACCCUCAACAUGCUGGGACAGGCUCUGGGCUUGAUUGAUCUGGUCUGCCUCUCCACAGGGUUGGCGGCGUGUUGGAGCUCGUCUGCUGCUGGCGUCACGUCUGAGGUGUACGGAG